ACAUGCCUUUCAAUUACAGAGGAGUGCAUUGGUUGUGCGUUAAAAUUGAUAUGGUGGACCGUGUAGCCUACCUAUUCGACUCAGUCCCAUCCAACCGACCGAACAAAAGGAAGCUAAAUGCAGCUAAAAUUUUGGUUGAAACUAUGCACGACUUGCUGCAACUACACUUUGGAAAUGAUUAUGUUACAGACGUGCGUACCUUCCACCGCUGCAUGUUAGACGAGAGGCCAGUACAACAACUGGACGACACGUUUGACUGUGGGAUGUUCGUCAUCAAAUUCAUGCAGCAACCUGAUUUAAGCCCCGGUCCACACAAGUUCGCUCCCUCUGUGCGUCAUAAGUUGUUGGUUGACAUCGUUAUGGAUGUCAAUAAUGCAAAGAUCGCAGAGUACCGGGACUGCCUUCAUAUGAGCAAUGCCACAAGCUAGGCCAGUGAUGGGAAUGGGCUGCCAGUACGCCACUAAUUUGGGUGGCAAUAGGACUUUAACUAAUUUUUUAUUCUUUGAUUUCAAUAUGGAUGUUAAUUAUGGGUCCCCAGUAUUGUUUUUGCUGGACGAUGUAAAUAUGGACCAACUGCAAAGUGCAAGUCAAAUGUAAACAUGGAUCAAACAUGUCGACGUGGCUGCUGACUUAGUACUGUUUUGUUUACGCAUGUUUCUUGUUCGGAUGAAUGCGACUGUAACUGUAUAUAAUUUACGGCUGCUUUUGUUACCGAAGUUAAUUUAUAAUUUAAUUACAAAAAAGGCAAAAUUAAUUUUCAAAAAUGAAAGAAACCACAUUAUGAAUGAAAACUCAAUACUCUUCGUAGGUAAGUUAUAUAUCAGCCCAUUAGCACAUAUGAC